AUGCCUGAUAAAAACUGCCUGGUCGGUCAACUUGAACAAUUCGUCUACACUGGAGAUGAACUACGGUGUGAAGCUCUGACGAAAUACUCGCGAUAUGGACUACAUCCGAUCAGACUGGGCGACAUCCUUCCCAAGCUGGCCACAUGUGUCAGCGAUCCAGCUAAGAAACCCAGAUACCGUGUCAUGUUGAAACUCGGAUUCGGAGCAUUUGCCACGGUCUGGCUCGCCCGCGAUCUUGUGGAGGAACGCUAUGUUGCUGUUAAAGUCUGUCUAGGGUCGGACACGCCUCACGUGAGCAGAGAGACAGAAAUCCUGUCCGAUCUCCGCAAAAUCUUGCUCGAAAAGGAUGGUGAUCAGGGAGUUAUUCAACUCUUUGACGUCUUUACCAUCCAGGGACCGAAUGGAUGCCACGAAUGUUUAGUGACCGAGGUGAUCUCCCCCCUGAGCGACCCCGAUGUGAGGCGACAGUGUUCCUCCGGGGCUAUACGCCAAAUCGUACAGGGCAUUGCAUUCCUUCAUGAACAUGGGAUAGCACACGGAGGUACAAUCAGUGGAGCGGUGCCUAACGCGAUUCGUCCCCCAGAGGUCGUAAUCCACGAAAUUUACAGAGGUGAGGUGGGUUCUAUUUGGGGCAAGGCCGCUGACAUCUGGGCGGUCGGCUGUACAUUAUACCAUAUUAAGUCAGGGAAUGAACUCAUUUCGACGUGGGGUUCUCCCAAUGGCCAUCUCGUUCGGGCGAUUCAACUUGGUGGGCCUCCGCCGAAGACUUGGCCCGAAAUUCGGGAAAAGCGGGAUCGCCACGAUGGAAAUGGUCUAGUCUCCUCUGACCGGUCUCGAGCCUGGGAAGCACGUGAGGCGAACCGAAGGUCGUCUAGGCACCCGCAUGAUGAGGAGAGAGACGUUUUCCUUGACCUGAUAAAGAAGAUGAUCGUAACGGAUCCUGAUGAACGGAGUCCGAUGGCAAAGAUCUCUUGA